GUGCACCUUUUGCCCGAGCUUUCUAAAAGUGCUGCCAACUUCAAUUUGGUAGCGGAGUGGCACGACACCGCACUACGUGCUGGAUUUCAUCGUCUGGCCCUGAGCAGGCCCUCUGGUUUCCUGGACUUUGCUGCAUCUGCACGGGUUCUGAGCAAGCCCGCUGUUCUGGGUCCUGAGCAGGCCCGCGCUGUCACGGGUCUUGUGCUGGCCCUGAUUCUUUCUGGAGCUGCUGCAUUGGCCCUGAGCAGACCGGUGGCUGCGACUUCAUCCACCUCUGGGAUACCCCUGGAUGAGUACAGGAAGGAUGUUCCUCCUGGAUGGCAGCCUGGAGAUCCGAAGUACCCUUUGAAGUCCUUCUUGGAAAGGGUGAAGAUGUGGUACCGUCUGUACGACGGACCAGACGAAGCUGUUGGUCCUCUACUUGCAGGACGUCUUCGAGGACGAGCCCAACAGAUAGCGAUGAAUCUUCGCCUUCCAGAUCCCACUGGCCACGUGGACAUCGGCGACAGCGCAUUGGUGCGACUUAGCGUCGAUGAGGUCGUGGAUCCCUUGACGGGAGCUGUGAUCCAGGCCGCAAUCCCUAGUGGUGUUCAAGCUCUACUACAUGCAUUGCGCAGUGCCUUCGGUGAAGCAGAACAACUUCAAGCUACAAAAGCGUUAGAGGUGUUCUUCGAGUUCAGACGUGGGAGACUGCCAAUCCCUGAGUGGAGCGUUCAGUGGGAGCUCAAUCUGGAAGAAGCUGUGACGCAUGCUGGACUGGAGGACACAGCCGAGAAGAACAUCUACUACGACGACACCGACUCUUGGAGCUCAGUCACUGGCUCUUGGAAGGAUGACUGGAAUGGUGAUUGGCCCUAUGGCCCUGACUACGACGAGCUCUACGCUUGGUACGAAGGUUGGCAUGAUGAUGCAGAGGCCUACUAUGAGAAUGACCACAACAACGGCGAUCAAGGUGACUGGCAAGAACCUUGGUAUGAAGCUGGAUACGAUGAUGAGCCAGCUGAUGCCGAGGAAGAACCCUUUGCAGCCCCUUCGAGCAACAUGGAUGAGAGCUACUACAAGGGCAAGGGCAAGUCACGCACUGGCUCCAUGGGUUUGGGCUGCCCUACAUGCUUUGGCAAGAACUAUGGAAGACCAAUGAGAAAAGGCUUUGGCAAGGGCAAGUACAAGGGCUAUGGCAAAGGAAAAGGAAAACCCUACAAGGGAUACGGCAAAAGAAGCUUCUGGUCUGAUGAUCUUCCUCAAAGCUUUGGUGACUACUACGGUGGCUCCUACCUCAUGAACCGCCAGUCGGAGCCCCUUGAACUCAGUGAUGGAGCCUCAUCUUUUCCUUCUACAACUUCGAUCAUCAAGAUGGACUCACCCGAGAAAGAGGAGAUCCUGAACAAGAAGAAGGUGAAGUUUGAGGAACAUCCACCUGGUGAAGAUCAAGGAGAACAGAUCCAGAAGAAGCUGAACUUUCCCGAAUGUGAGACUGACAACAUCGACAACUUCCACAUGGUUCGAGGUGAGCGCAUUUGUGGACUUCUUGUGGACCCUGGUGCUGCAAGCGGCUUGAUUGGCACCGACACUCUGAAGGAGUUGCUUGAUGCUGGAAUGGUGCCAAAGAACCGCCACAAUGAGAUCUCUUGGGGUCCCAGUGCAACAACUGUCACAGGCAUCUCUGGCCAAAGUGUCAGCACACUUGCGCGAGUCAGUCUUCCUUUUGCAAUGCCCGAUGGACAAGAUGGAGAAGUGCCUGGAAGCUACACUGCUGACCUGAUAGGUGGCCAAGGCUCAACAUGCCCAGCUUUGCUUCCCAACACUUCGCUCCGACAGAUGAGGUCUGCAGUUUUGACUCAGUGGUUUGACAAUGGCGACGGCAUCAUGGUUUGCUCAACCAAUGGUGAACGCGUUGAUCACCCUGGAGCUCACUUGGUGGUACUCCGACUUCUGCUGACGGAGAGUGGACACUAUAUCCUGCCGAUCAACUACGACCAGAAGGACAUGGAGCUCACCGAGAACGAGAAGCUGCGCAUCAAGACUAUGAUGCAAGGACCUCAACAACCCUGCCAAUCUGCAACACUGGAGCAGUCUGGAACAGCUGAACCUUCUCUACAUCAACCCCCUGGCAGUGAUGACCAACACGACACCAAGCACAACGAGACCAACUCUCGACUUCGAGAUGACCGAUCCUCCAACAAGGAGAAGCUGCAGUUCGCAGCUGACAGCAACCCGACCAAUGGACUUUGCACUGGAGCCAGCUCUGGACUUGUGGCUGGAACCAGUGAUGGACUUUGCGAAGGCCAAAAGAUGGUUGCUGAAGAUGAACCUCCGAUCCAGGUGCUUUUGGGAAACGGCUACAACUUGGAGUAUGAUGAGACGGAGCACAGCUACGAGGGUGACAUCUUUCCUGGACACCUUCCUGAUGGAAAGUUGAGGUACCUGCAGAAGAUGUACAAAGCAGUACCUGAAGAAUUCUACUCAAAGAGCAAGAAGACCCCUGUGACUCCAAGAAAUGCCAGAUCCUGGAUGCGGAAGCGACGUGGCUCAAUCUUUCACUUCUGGGAAUGGUGCAGUGGCUCAGGGAGAUUGUCUUUGAUCGCACUACUUUCUGGACUUUGUGUACUCUUCCCCAUCGACUACCGCUAUGGCUGGGAUUUGAGUCACCCUGAGCACCAAAGAAUCAUCCAGGAGAUUGAGCACGACAUCAACGGUGGACCUGAAGUUCUCAUGGCGACUCCAACAUGCCGACCAUGGUCCAUCUCCUCAACACGUCGCGAUCUGGAGACAACCAAGAAGGAGAGAAAUGAAGAGAUGCCCACAAUCCAGUUCAUCAAGAAGUUCAAAGAGAGAUCAAGAAGGAAGAAGGGCAAUAUCCUUGAACAACCUUGGUCCUCAGCAUUGUGGGAGCACCUUCAAGACCUUCCUGGCGAACGACAUCGCACAGAUCAGUGCAGAUUCAAAGCCUGUGAUGAAGAAGGCAAUCCGAUUUUGAAGCCAACUGGAUUGCAAAGCGACUUCCUCCUCAAGCACUCCAUUGCACGCUGUGGAGGACGUGAAAAGGUUAACCUCCUAGACCAUCGCAACACCUUCCAGGACUACUACAAGUGCGAACGCUGUGCCAUGGGUCGUGCUGCGACAGCUGACAUGGAGCACAACUUUCUUCCUGGUGAAUGUCGCUAUGGAAAAUGGCCAGAAGGUGAAGAUCCAAGAGAGCGCAAAAGACUUGAACGAGAACAACAGCAGAAAGAUGACAUCUUUGACAGCCUCCGCAAGGAAGCGGUCAAGAACGAGAAGGUCAUGCAAGGACGACUUGCAGCCCAUCCUUCACUCAGCUUCAACAGUGAGCAGACAGCCAUUUUGAAGAUGUGCCUCAUCAAGCUCCUUUCUGAAGCGGUGGACAAGUUUGACGUUUUGGAAAAGAGGAAGGCCAAGGACCAAAACUAUGUCCACUGGCUCGAAGAUCCUUCAGCCUUGGGAUGGCUUCGCAACGUCUUCAAGGAGUACCUGGAUGUUCAAGGAGCUAUGGCUUGUCUGCAGCCUUGGAGCACUCCUACACCAGAGCCCCAGCUCACUGUGGAAGCUGCGCCUCUGAGACUUCUGAUGCGAGGCAACAUCGAGAGCUGGAAUCCACACGCUGUUGAAGAUCUACGUGAACUUUCUCUGAGCCAAUGGCAUGAGCCCCUGAACUUGGAGGAUGACUGGCUUGUAGCUUUGUUUGGAAAAGAUCCUGCAAAAGCCAGUGAAGCCUCAUCGUCGUCCACACCAUCCAAGCUUGCCAUCAAGGACAAGAUCGACAGCGAUGAUGAUGAGAAAGCCGAAGUGGCUGUGAUUGGCCAAGAACAUGAACAACUUAUACCUCGAGAAAUGGAUGAGGAAAAUCCUGAUGGCCCCGCUGAACAUCCUGGCAGCCUCAAACCCAUCUUCGACUUUCGUCGAGUCUUCACACGGCUGCCCAAGCUUGCUGGCAAGGACGACAUCACUGCAAAGAGGCUCAUCUUGGGUCUACAUGAACGACUAUGGCAUGCAGGAAGCCAAGACAUCAAGGCGAUCCUCCAACGUUGUGGAAUAAUGCCUCAUGCUGUUUGGCGUCUCACUGGUGAUGCAGUGGCUAGCUGCCGAAUCUGCCGACGCUUUGCUCGCUCUGGACGACGCCCUCAAUAUCGAGGAGCUGAUCUAUCCAUGGCAUUCAAUGAGGUGGUCCAGAUCGACCUGUCCUUUCAGGGGAUCCGAUAUGGAAAGGGCAUGAAAACCAUUUGGGUGCCGAAGUACUCCAAGGGCACCCUCAUCACUUGGACAGAAGGCCGUACCGGCAUCGCUGUGACAGAGCACAACACGGACUCCAUCAUUCACAUCAAGGAGCUCUUCAACACCGACAUCGACAAGCUCUGCCAUCUCUACUUGUUUGGCUAUGUGCAGGUUCAGACUGAAGAUUCGUGGAUCUCUGCACGCAUCUCUCGACAACCUCAUGCACAAGAUCUACAAGCUCCCAGGGAUCAGCAGACUGCUGAUGAAACUAUGUCCUCUUCUACCUCGACAGGUGGUCAACCUUCUGACAUCUCCAUUGAGGAGAUCAACAAGAAACGUGAAGGUCCUGUGGAGAUUGUGGUUCAAGCACCUGAGAGAAAGAAGGCCAAGCUCCACCUGAGCUCACUGUGGUGGAUGUGCCAAAGACCAAAGAAAACAGAAGCUCACCUGUACAUCUACCUCUUGACUGGCGAGAUCUACCGCGUUGAUGAAGACACAGAUGUUCUCAGCGAAGAUCGAGUUCUUGAGAACUGGCCAGACUUUGAGGAGAGUGACAAGGCCGAGCUCAAGCAGUUUGUGGAUGAAAAGGUUUUUCAGAAGGUGAAGCUAGACGAGCUUCCUGAAGAUGUGGUUCUGGUUGAUGCCACAUGGGUGCGCAAAUACAAGCGCCUUUCCUCUUCCAGCCUGAAGGCCAAAAGCCGUUUGUGUGCCCGUGGAUUUCUUGAUCCACAGAAACAGGAGCUUCCAACAAGAAGUACAACAGCGACAAGACUGAGCCAAAGACUGGUACUCUCCUUGGCGGCGACCCACAACUUUGACAUCAGGUCCUGGGAUGUCAGUGGUGCCUUUCUCAAAGGUUUCAGCUUUGCCAAGGUGAAGGCAGUUUUGCAGAGCAAAGGAAUCUCAUCUCCAAAGCGGAACGUUGUGAUCAUUCAAGGCCAACAAGGACUCCGGGGCUUGGAAUGCAACAAGCCAGCCUACGGGCUGAACGAUGCCCCUCUGGCAUGGCAACUAUGCCUCCAUGAAAGCCUUGAGAUCUCUGGAGGAACACAAAGCCUCCUGGACGAGAAUCUAUUGUUCUGGAAAGCUGGAGGCCGACUUCAAGCUGUCAUGACGACACACGUCGAUGACAUUGCUGUUUGUGGCAACUCCGAGUUCCUGGAGAAGGACCUUGGCGAUGACCAGAGCAGACCCUUGACACCGGCCGAGACCUCCACACUUCGCAGCAUCCUUGGAGGACUUCUUUGGAUUACUGCGACGAGAUUGGACUUGGUGGCUGACGUUGGAGUUUUGCAGUCGCGUGUGACAAAGGCGACAGUGCAAGACUUGCACUUGGCAAACGCCAUCGUGAAGAAAGCGAAGAUGGCGCAAUACCGUGGUGUUGGCAUUGUCUACAAGCACUUUCCAACGACCUCUCCAUGGCGAUUGGUGGCAGUGCAUGACGCUAGUUCAGCAUCCAAGGGCAAGGCCUACUCUCAAGAAGGCAUCAUGAUCCUCCUGAUGCAGGACAACCUCAACUUCAACUCCCAGGUGCAUUCGACCACCGGUUUGGAAGUGAGCGAAGAACAUUUUGGAGGAGCAGCACACAUCUUGUUUGCCCACGGUGCCAAGGCGAAACGAAUCAGCUACUCAACAUCUGACUCUGAGACACUUGCUGCCAUUUCUGGACUAGAAACAGCUUCGCUGGUUGCUCUACGUUUGGCCGAACUUUUGGUGCCGACCGAGAAGCCGACAUUGCAGCAGUUAGCUGCGCUGCAAGAAGCUGGAGUUCCUUUUCUUCCCGUCGAUGCGAUGACGGACUGCAAGGACUUCUACUCCCUUACAACUGGUGGCAGUGCUCUACCACAAGAUCUCAAUGGUGGCAGAUGCGCUGACAAAACCUAUGCUGAGCAAGCAGCUUCUACAUCUACUCUCGACUGGUUGCGUGGAGUUCCGCAACGAAAGUGGACAUCCGCAAGACUUCCUCCAACUACCGAUUUCAACGAAGAUGAUUUGGAAACUGGUGACAAGAAGUGGAUUGGAAAUCUGAUGACGAUGGAUGAGAUCAAGAACCUUCAAGGUUUUUCUACAUCAUGGACGAGCUCUACACCCUGGACAUCAAGAUCAAGCUUCUGGUUGGUGGCCGCGCUUUGCACUUUGCAGAUCAGUCGUGGUCAAGCAGAAGGAGACACAUGUGAUGGACACAACUCCGAUGAGGAGCAGAAAUUCGAGUUUCAGAAGGCGGUGAUCUACAUCAUAUCCGCCGUGUGCAUGUUUUUGUGCCUGGCUGUUUGGUAUCUCUGGAAGUGUCUGCGAAGAAUGCAGAUGAGUAUGGAUGACUAUCAGCGCCAGAGGAUUCAACCGCUGCUUACAGCGAACCUGGUGGACCGCAUGUUGCAAGCUGAGCACAACAUCAUGGAGGUACAGCUUCAAGCCAAUGAGACAGUUGAGGACAUCAACACCAUCUACCGGACCUUGAGACGACGAGCUGGUCCACAUCCUGAUGAACGCUCAAGUUCCAGACCGAGGAUGACAGAUUCUCGACCAGUGCAGCCUGAACCAGAUGCCGAGGCUGACGAGACCAGGUCGCACAGUCAACCUGAAGUGGAACGAGCAUUCGAUGAGACAGCAUCGAGAUCUCGAGACGACAGUCCUUCGGGACCCAACUGCAGUGGUGAAG